UAGCUCUUAAGAAACCAAAAUACCACUACUCUCUCCUCCAUAUUCACGUAUAUAUCCAACAAUAUUCGUGCAUUCAUUGAGCACUUAUCCUAAAAAACCUAUUCAUCUUCUUUUUCUUUCAAGAACAUACUAGUCUACAUUUCACCAUUAUUACAUGCACCCCUCAUUAGAUUUUCCAUCAAAAUUUAACAAAUAAUACUAAGAUACCCAUCAAUGGAGACGCAUGUGAAGUCCCAACCCAACCAAGAGCUCUCUAUCUCAGCUCGUUCACUGUCAUCCUCAUCUUCUUCUUCAUCAUCACCAACAUCUUCUUCUUCUUGUUAUAAUGUUACUAUUGUUCCUCGUUCUUUCUCUCCUGUUCAGACAAAGCCUCAAGGAACCAGACCACCAUAUGAUCAUGGGACUAAUCAUGAUGAUGAUCAGUUGCUUGAAAAUGGAGAGGUGUACUCUAUGGCUGCUGAGUCAGCCAUUGAUAAUAUUGAAGAGCUAAGAUUCAUUGACAUCAUGGGCAACGGUGGGAUGGAGUGGAAGAACGUGGAGGAGAGAUUCAAUCAACUCGCCUUCACUCAGAAUAGUGGCCCUGAACCGCUCAUGAAAUGGUCAGAUUUCGGUAUUUGUAUAGGGAUGCAACAAUCCCCCGAAUUUGCUAAUGAGCUAUUAAGGGCACUGAGAGGAACAAGGGACUGGAAAUUUCAUAUCACAAAAUGUGAGCUUCACUGUUUCUGGUGUCGUAUGAUGGACCCCUUCUUCGAUUCAAGAAUACGAAUUUUCUUUGACAUGUGUGAUAGAGACAUGGAUGGAAGAAUUACUAAGAUGGAGAUUAAGCAGACUAUUUUGUUAAGUGCUUCCACCAAUAAGCUGUCUUUGACUCACGAGGAAGCAGAAUGCUAUGCCACUUUGAUCAUGGAAGUGCUUGACACUGAAAACCUCGGCUACAUUGAGCUAUCUCAAUUCAAGACUCUCUUUAAAGUAUACUUAUCAAGGGGCUCAAUUCAAAACAAUCAAUUAUCAAUCACACAUUCUCCUUAUCACAAUGACCCCUUUCAAGAACCAUUGUCAAAGGCCGAAGUACUAUUUCGAUCCUAUUGGCGACGUGCAUGGAUUGUUUUGCUUUGGUUAACUGUGUGCUUUGCUCUCUUUGCUUGGAAAUUCAUUCAAUACCGUCAUAGAACAGCUUUUGAAAUCAUGGGCUAUUGCCUCUCCACUGCCAAGGGUGCUGCGGAAACUUUAAAAUUCAACAUGGCUUUGAUUCUCCUACCUGUUUGCCGUAACACAGUUACAUGGCUUCGCAAACAUCAGUGGAUCAACUCCAUUGUUCCAUUUAACGACAAUAUCAACUACCACAAGAUGAUUGCAGGAGCGAUAGUAAUAGGUGUGAUCCUACAUGGGGGUACACACCUUGCUUGUGAUUUCCCAAGAAUCAGUGAAUCAGACCAUACACUGUUCCGGCAAACAAUAGCUGCUGGAUUUGGGUACCAUCAACCAUCAUACAUUGAGAUAUUGUGCACUACAGAGGUGGCAACAGGAAUUGCAAUGGUCAUAUUAAUGACAAUCGCAUUUUCACUAGCAACAAAGUGGCCAAGACGCCAAUCACCUUCACUACCAAGGUCUGUCCGAAGGGUCACUGGAUAUAACACCUUUUGGUACUCGCACCACUUGUUCAUUCUUGUCUAUGCAUUGCUCAUUAUUCACUCCUUGUUCCUCUUCCUAACCGACAAACUAAAUGAAAAAACGACGUGGAUGUACAUAGCCAUUCCCGUUUUAUUAUAUGUUGGUGAGCGAAUCUUUCGAGCCAUAAGAUCAGGGUUGUAUGAAGUGGAAAUUUUGAAGGCAAGUAUUUAUCCAGGAAAAGUUGUGUCCCUCAAAUUGCAAAAACCAGAAGGUUUUAAGUACCAUAGUGGCAUGUACAUAUUCAUUCAAUGCCCUCACAUUUCACCUUUUGAAUGGCAUCCAUUCUCUUUAACUUCAGGACCAGAAGAUGACUACCUAAGUGUGCAUAUUAGAACUAUUGGAGAUUGGAGUUAUCAUAUAUACAAUCUCUUCCAAGAGGCUAAAUCAUCUGGGCCAAAGGAGUGCCCAAGAAUAUACAUAGAUGGACCCUAUGGUGCUGCUUCUCAAGACCAUGUCAAAUAUGAUAUUGUCGUGCUAAUUGGCCUUGGCAUAGGAGCCACACCUUUUAUGAGCAUCCUCAAAGAUGUUGCUAACAGUAAUCCAAAGGCACAUUUUGAUCAUACUGGUUGCGGAGACUGUAGCAUAAAAAAAGGUCCAUUAAAAUCCUAUCUUUAUUGGAUUACAAGAGAACAAAGCUCCUUUGACUGGUUUAGAGAUGUCAUGAAGGAGAUAUCAAAUUCUAACCAACAGCAGUCUGUUAUAGAGAUGCAUAACUUCCUAACAAAUGUGCAUCAAGAAGGAGAUGUGCGAUCAGCAUUAAUAAGCGCAAUUCAAGCCUUGUAUCAUGCUAAGAAUGGAAUUGACUUUAUCUCCGGGACUCCGGGACACACACAUUUUGCCCGGCCAAACUGGUUUAACAUUUUCUCAAAAUUGGCUCGUCAACACAGAGGAACAAAGAUUGGGGUUUUCUACUGUGGGCCAUCAGCUUUAGCAAAAGAGUUGGAAAGGUUAUGCAUCAAAUUCUCCACCAAAACCUCUACUAGAUUUGUAUUUCACAAGGAGAACUAUUAAAUGUUUUCAUAACCACCCUAUUGGGUGUUGUACCAAUUCCACCAAUGACAAGGCCAUAAAAUGCCCUUAAGAUUGAAUUGUAUAUUAUCAUAAUAUGAUGCUCUCUCUCUUUCUCUCU